UCAAUAAAACCAUAGCAUUUUUUAGUUCCCGAAAAAUGGCUCCUCCAAUACUCUUCCUCCUUUUACUCUUCCUUCAAAAAGCAACCAGCAACAACACCACUUGCCAGAAUCCAUGCCUUAGAAACAGCCUAGAGGUUCGAUUCCCUUUCGGAUUUGACAACAAUAGAUGCAGCUAUCCAGGUUUCAAACUCUCAUGCGACAAUAAAACCCAGAUCAUAACCCUCGACCUUCCAAACAUAGGCAACUUCACUGUCCGAAACAUCAACUACGGAAGCCAAACAGUAACCAUAACAGACCCACAAAACUGCCUUGCGAAGAAAUUCAUAGACUCCUCAUUUGACCUGUCAGGAUCCCCUUUCAUUCCUGAAUACUACAAUCGUUUCUUCACCUUCCUUAAUUGCUCAUCAAAUUCUACCACCGUUGUAUCAGGGAUAAGGCGCGUUGAUUGCCUUAGCAACGAGAAUUUCACUGUUGUGACCUUGCCAACAAACAUUUACGAGUCGUUUCCUGAUUUCAUGCCACCUUUUUGUACAGAACUGAAGAAAAGAGUGGCGGUUCCUGUUCCUUGGUAUCGUUGGUCAGAUAGUGAAACGAGAUUAAUUUGGAAUGAACCCUAUUGUCUGCCGUGUGAAGUGGACGGUGGGACUUGUCAAUUCAAGGGGAAUACUGGUCUGACCAUUGAUUGCAACGGUCGUAGCAAAGGUCCUCUCCCAAGAAGUGCAAAAUAUGGCAUCAUAAUAGGUGCUGGAAUACCAGGACUGCUAUGCAUCAUUGGUAUUGUCUCUUACGUGUUUGGCAGACUUAAGGCACGUAGCAGCGGCAAUGAACCCACCACGGAAAUGUCUACCUCAGUUGCUCCACAGCCAUGUGUGGUGGUUACUGGUCUUGAUGGACCAACAAUAGAAUCUUACCCCAAAACCCAACUUGGUGACAGUGGAAGAUUGCCUAAGCCUAAUGACAACACUUGCCCUAUAUGUUUAUCUGAGUAUCAGCCUAAGGAUACACUAAGGACUAUUCCUAACUGCAACCAUUACUUCCAUGCUAACUGCGUAGAUGAAUGGCUUAAAAUGAAUGCAACAUGCCCGUUGUGUAGAAAUUCACCGGACGGCUCAUCUGUAAUGACCCAUUCCUCUUCAUUGACCUCAUCAUACUCUUCAUUAUCAACACCAUAGAUGACUACUUACAUUUUACAAGGUAUAUAUUUUUGCUGUAGUUUUGAUGUUCUAUUGUACAUGAGAGUUACUUGAUUUGCAUAUGUUCUUACAAGUGGUGACCAAUAUUAAUGGAAGCACUUCAUUUGAUUUUGGUAA